GCUCUUCCGCUUACUAAGCUUGCUGCUGCUGCUGCAUGUGGAGCCCUGAGGAGCCCCGCUGGGGCUGGGGACCCAGGGCCCCAACCUCCUUGGUCCUUUUGAGUGUCCUUGUGUCUGCAGCUCCAUUGGGCCUGCUGGGGGAGGAGACACGCCAGGUAUUUAUGGAGGUUAUUUCUGGCUGCCCAACCCCCCAGAACCUGCUUUAUAUCCGAGCAGUGGGCACCAACUCCACCCUGCACUAUGUAUGGAGCAGCUUUGGGCCUCCAGCAGUGGUACUGGUGGCCACCAACACCACCCAGAGUGUCCUGAAGGUCAACUGGAGUCUCCUGCUGUCCCCUGAUCCUGAGGGGGGCCUGAUGGUGCACCCCAAGAACAGCAUCCAGUUUUCUUCUGCCCUCGUCUUUACCAGGUUGCUGGAGUUUGACAGCACCAAGGUGUCUGAGGGGGCUGCAGAGCCCCCAGGAAAACCGUAUCCUCCAUACUCCUUGGACAAGUUCUCCUGGAACAAUAUCACAUUGGACCCUGACACCCUAAGCACCACAUUUCAAGGCCACCCUAUAGACGACCCUACUGGAGCUUUUGCCAAUGGCAGCCUGGCCUUCAAGGUCCAGGCCUUUUCCAGAUCUGGUCGACCUGCCCAACCCCCUCGUCUUCUGCACACAGCAGAUACCUGCCAGCUAGAAGUGGCCCUGGUUGGGGCCUCUUCUCAAGGAAAUCACUCUCUGUUUGGCUUGGAGGUAGUCACCUUGGGCAAUGGCCCUGAUUGCCCCUCAAUGAAGGAGCAGCGCUCCAUUGAUGAUGAGUAUGCACCUGCUGUCUUCCAGUUGGAUCAGUUGCUGUGGGGCUCUUUACCAUCUGGCUUCAUGCAGUGGCGACCAGUGGCUUUCUCUCAGAAACAGAGGAACAGAGAAUCAUCCCUGCCCUGCCAGGCUUCCUCUCUUAGCCCCACCUUGGCAUAUUCUCUCCCUCACUCACCAAUUGUCCAAGCCUUCUUUGGGUCCCAGAACAAUUUCUGCACCUUCAAUCUGACAUUUGGGGAUCCUACAGGUCCUGGCUACUGGGAUCAACACUACCUCUGCUGGUCGAUGCUUCUGGGUGUGGGCCUCCCUCCAAUAGACUCCUUAUCUCCACUAGUCCUGGGAAUCAUGGCAGUGGCCCUUGGUGCUCCAGGGCUUGUGCUGCUGGGAGGAGGCCUGGCUCUGCUGCUGCGCCACAAGUGGUAUUCAGAGUACCAGUCUAUAAACUGAGACCCACUCUAGAUCUAGAGGGAAGACAUGACUGUAUCUGCCUUGCUAUGCCACAAACUGUUGGAGGUUGGAGGGUCGGUGUCUUGUUGUUUGCUUUUCUGCUGAACCUCAGAAACAAGCUUCAGCUUACUGGGGGCCCCCACGUAUCCUUCCUACCUUAGGGAGGGGUUAGGGUUACUGGUAAAAGGAAGACCCCCUUGUGUCAUUCCCUGCUCCCAUUUCUUUUGAAUGAAACUUGAAAACCUA